AUGACCCUUAAAAAUAAUCUCUCUGAAGAUAUCUCAGGGGUCUCCUGCCAGCAAUCCCUUCCCCAGAUGGGCACGGGCAGGGUGUCCCUCUCAGUGGCCGCCUGCAACUGCAACCUCCACGCCCGGCGAUGCCGCUUCAACAUGGAGCUCUACAAGCUGUCGGGGCGCAAGAGCGGCGGCGUCUGCCUGAACUGCCGGCACAACACUGCGGGGCGACACUGCCACUACUGCAAGGAGGGCUUCUACCGGGACCUCAGCAAGCCCAUCUCCCACCGCAAGGCCUGCAAAGAGUGCGAUUGCCAUCCCGUGGGUGCUGCCGGCCAAACCUGUAACCAAACCACGGGCCAGUGUCCCUGUAAAGACGGUGUCACCGGCAUCACGUGCAAUCGAUGCGCCAAAGGCUACCAGCAAAGCCGCUCUCCCAUUGCCCCCUGCAUAAAGAUCCCCGCCGCUCCCCCCACCACUGCCGCCAGCAGCACAGAAGAGCCUGCAG